GUGGCCUCAGGUAACAUCAGCAGAGGCCUCGGCAGGCGCCAGGUGAAGUGUAUUCUCUCAGGCGGAGUGUGGUCGCGGGACACCUGCUGCGAGGAGAGAAGUUGAGAAAGAAAAUGCGCCACGGAGGAGGGUUCUGUAGUCACAGACCUCGUGACCCCUGCUCGCCCACGAGUGGAGAAGAACGUUUACCUCUCUCAUUCCCCACAGUCACUGUCAGGCUCCCAUCCCCAGCAGGCGGGAUGCCACACGAACCCCUUCUCGUCUGAUCCCGCCUUCGUCGAUGUGAGGAAGUUGUGGUGCUAAGCGUUGCUGGAGGUAGAAGAGGUCAGGGAGCAAGAGAAGUUGACCCUCGCAGCGUGUCCGAAAAAGGAAAGAUCGGAAUGCAGGACAAAGGAUUGCGAUGUCCGAGGAGAGAAAGGUGAAAGGUUGCAGAGCUGGCGAGCUGACGGCGUGACGAAGAGUGGUCCGACUGUUUACAAGGCCCGGCAUCAAGACGUACACGAAGACAGACGGAAGAAGGAAACAGCUUUCGGGGUUGGCUGACAUCUACAUCUUGACUCUGGUGUCGAUGUGAACUGACGAAAGUGUGCGAAAGAUGGCCGGAGGAGCGAGGCUGUGUCUCCACAAUAUACUUUCUUGUUUUCACGUGGAGAAAUGCAAUUCCUGUUCAAUUCAUCAAAGCAGACAUCAAAGCACAAAUCUUCUUCCUUUAUAUCCGCGGAGUAAAUAAACAGGGCUUAUCAUUGUCUUUUCUCCAAUAAUCAGAGAAUACAGAUAAUAGGAAGUUCUUCUGAUUUGUCUACCUGCUCUGUAUUGAAUUUGAUUCAAGACCGAACACAUAUCAAGUAGUAAACGGAGGAAAUAUUUUAAAAGCUACAUAAUUGGGACAUUGAAUAGAUAUCCACGGACAUCAGAUUUUGAAAAGGCAACAAAAUAACAAUUAAGACAAAACUAGCUUCAAACCUAGAACAUGUUAAUACUUGAAACGAGUAGAUUGUUUCGGCAAAACAUUAAACUAGGUUUUAUUAGCGAUCAGAUCCUUAAGAUUGGUGGUAACAACACAAAGAAUAGUGUUUUGUCAUAUUUUAGUUAGGAAAUAAUAUUUUGAGUAAUAGCUUUUGUGAAAUACAGCAACCUACCAACAGGAACUAAACUCUGUUAAUGUUGCGCUAAUUAACUGAAUUAUUUAAAUACUGCUCUAUAAUUUAAAUACAAAGUUUGCAACUCACAUCUAAACCAUUUAGUUGCAAGGUUUACAACUUGACAGUCCCACUCACCACAGCUGCUAAGGACCGUGUCCACGGCAAAGUUUCACAACUUCCAAACAAGAUUUACCAUGAAGACGCAGCACUCCAUUCCUUGACGUUGAUUGGCUGGAUCCUAAUCCCGUGACUCAAGGAGAAGAAAAAAAAGCCAUCAGCAUGCGACAUACAAACAAAGCUUACUCGACAUAACAACAGUGUUUACCAGCUCGCCUGUGGCAGUUUUAUUUGUCAGUAGUGCGGGUUCUCCUCUAAUGGAGACAAUGCCGACGAAUAUAUGGUCCUGCAUGGGAUAAAGCCGGCGCCAGCCAGCAGUUUAGGAGUCUCAACUGGUGGAAAAUAGGGAGACUGCGGAAUAAAAUAUUCAUCCGCUUGAAAAAAAAAAAUCCACCCACUUUCAACGACGUGGUGGUGAUGGUGGCUUAAAGAAAGAUCACCUCCACGAUUUGAAAACCAGGCUGGUGGCAUAUCACGUGGUUUCUGAAGGAUCUUCUGAAACUAAGGAAAUCAUGGCGCGACGUCUGCAACGGUUUCACGCUAAGCGCCAUCACUGUCACGUGCAUCAGGACGGCGGAAGUGACGGCACUGACAGAGAAGACUUGGGAGUCCAUCUCGACGAGACGAGCUCCCCAGUACCCCAACGCUGGCUAACGACAAACCUGGACGAGUUAGUGCACGAACUGAGCAACCCCUUACACCACGUGACCAGCUCCUCCCAGUCUCGUACACGAACCAACACCACCGCCACCACGACCACCGGCUCUACCUCCUCCGCCACCUCGUUCUCCUCAUCCUGCACCACCGCUUCAGGAGGUCGCUCCCCGACCUACUCCUUGUCGUCCUCCUCGUCUUCGAGUUAUCACUCCAGCCGCACGCACGCCAGCGGAGGCGACUACCGCUCGAGUGGCGGAGGUAGGAAAACCACCGCCAGCAGCAGCAGCGGCAUCAGCAGGGGAAGAUCGGAGGACGAUGUAGCCAAAGACAUGAUCCCCAAGGGCCACGCGACGGGCCUCCCCCCUGUGAGCUCCCCCUCCGCCAUCAACUCUUCCGAGGAGCGGCAUCGCUUCUUCCAGUCGUGGCGCGAGGCGCGUGCCAGGGGCGAGCGGGUCAGCUUGACCAGCGCCCUCCGCAACCACCGCAGCCUGGAGCUGGAAGGUGAAGAGGACCUGUCCACGGACUACAGCUCACGGAUGUCGUGCGAAUCGAACCUGUCCCAGAGUUCCACCGUCUCGUCGCUGCUCGGCAGCAACGAGCUGGACGAGGGAUGUCGCGACGUCAAUGUGCGCGUGCGAAAGUCGGCCACCGCCGUGGCCUUCAGCUGCGACUCCACCCCGGAUGGUUCCGACAACGAUGCAUCGGAGGAGAUCGCUGCAGUGAAGGGGGAGGGAGACCGGCGGGAGAAAGAGUCCCGCAAAGGGCGCUUCCGCAAGAUGUUCUCCCGCCCCCUGGGGCGCAGUCAGAGUGCUGGCUGUGCCAAGGACGUGCCCGCGCAUGCGCUGUUCCUCAGGCACAACCCUGGAGACAAGGGGAUUGACACACUGGAAGAGCGCCUCGGCCGUUCCGCCAAUUUACCAGACCGUGACGGCGACGACGACCAGCACGCCUCGCAUCGCCCCCCACCGCCCUCGGGGCGUCCCAUCCACAAGACCACGUCAGCGGACGCCGCCAUGAUGGCCAGAGACGACUUCGGUGGCUUCAAGUUCGCGGAGACCAAGUCCAAGAAAAGCCUGGCGAAGACUAUGAAAAAGAAGCUUCUGUUUUUGAGGCGAGGACACACUGACACAACAGUAGGCACGUUGGCGAAGAACGAGGGGAAAAAACUGACCCAGAUCCAUCCUGAGGAGGCCCUCCGAUGGAGCCGAUCCUUUGAGUCGCUUCUCACAGACAAAACGGGAUUGGAACUCUUCCGUGGGUUUCUGAGGUCAGAGUUCAGCGAUGAGAACCUGGAGUUCUGGAUUGCAUGCGAGGAGUUCAAGCUGGCCAAGCCUAGCAAGAUCUCUGCCAUGGCCCAGAAGAUUUACACAGACUUCGUGGCACCACAGGCCCCCCGAGAGAUUAACGUGGACUCAAAGACUCGGGUUCGAACCCUGUCCAGCCUCGGCAACCCUCGCAAGGACAUCUUCGACGACGCGCAGCGGCGUGUUCAGGCUCUCAUGGAGAAGGACUCGUACCCACGGUUCCUCGAGUCUGACGUGUACCAGCAGAUAGUCCGCCACCAAAAGUCUUGAACCAACAGACACCACCAUCCAGACUGCACCUUGCAGGAAUCGACAUUUUCCCACCACUACCCUACACUAUUCUUCUAAACCUCGACAAGCGGAUGUUUAGGAUGGGAGGGAAUCGAAAGAAAAUGACGAUGCUGGGUUUUUGUUUGUUUGUUUGUUUUUGUUUGUUUUUUGGGGGAAGUUUUUCCUUUUUACUGUUCGCUGCAUCUGUCUUCUUACAUCCUGUAAAGCAAUGAAUGGAGGGGUGGGGCUAAUAUUUGGUGAGGGGAGGGCCUUGAAUGGUAGUCGUGGGAGGAAUGGGCUUCUGUCUUCACUGGAUUAGCGCAUUUUCGUUUCGAAGUUAGCGUUCUUUCACGUGGACGUGAAGGUGAGCUCCACAGGUGAACUUUGACCUGACCUGACCUGACCUCAUGAGCCAUGAUUGACCUAGUUACUACCAGCACGGCUUAUGAAAAUCAAAAAUGCGGACAUUAACUUUUUAAUUUCAUUAACUUUCAGAUUAUUUGGUCCCAAAACAUGCAAAUGUGUUACUCUAGAAAAAUUACUUUUUAACUGUCCAAAUUAUUUCUGCAUUAUCAAAAUGCAGCAUGGAGUUAGUUUCCCUUGCCUCUAAUAGUAUAUCUUGAAACAAGGUGGUCUCCCCUCACCAUGAAGCAUGUUGACAAUCUACAGACAAGUUUCUAAAUGCUGGGUGCCUGGUCCAAGACAAAGAAAUUAAAUGUAACCAUUUACUAGCCUCUUUUACUAUUUAUAAGAAUCGCGUUCGCAACUUUUUGAUAUUGAACAAAUUGACUUCGAAUUUGGAAUUUUAUUCUUUCUUUUUUUCCCAUUCUCGUUUUCUGUAUUUCUGUAUUUUUCUCUCAUCAUUAAAAUCAAUGUGUUUCUGUACCUGUUACUGCAAUGAAAGAGUACACAGUGCAGAAACCCAAACAUUUUCUAAGUAUUUUUGUAACGAAUACAUAAUGUAACUAUAUUCGCUACUGAAUGCCCUAGUUGUACUUAAAGCUCUUUCCGAUCCAACCUUUACAUUUUUAUACCAUCUGAAUUGUCGCUAUCGAUGAACUUACUUUCGCACGGGAGUCGCCACCCCAUCAGCCCAUGCACCACUGCCACCAACAGCCACCACCACCACCGACAUUCAUGUACGUGCGGUUCUUUUCUUGUACAAGGGAGUGAAAAGUGUGUGUUCUGCUUCCGGUGUUUCUGACCUCAGGAACUGAAAGAUGAAUUCUCACACCUGCAGUGACCGGUCUGGCAUCGGUUCUGCGACUUGACAGACUGUGGAAUCGUGAAUUUGGCGAGAUGGUGUUUGUUUUCAAUGCUUGCUAGCUUGGACGCUUCUUACAAAUCACUCGAUGUAUGCAGUUUGUACAAAGGCUGGUAUCUCGCAACUUCAGUUGAUGUCUAUAUUUGUGAGAUAUUUAAGAACACAUUGUAGUUAUUGUGUCGAUAUUUCCCUAUUUACAUGCAAAUGCAAAAGAAAGGCUACAUGUCGGAGCUGCCACAUGUGCUUUCAAGCGGGACUUUGUGUUUAUCAGAUGCAACAUCCGCCUUUAACGUGGUCCCUGCCUCCCUUCCUCCCUUCCUCCCUUCCUCCCUUUCCUUGCGGUCCGGUGGCAUAACGGUUAGCGUCUGUCACCUACACAGCGAGGACUGGCUGUCCAGGGUUCAGAUCCCGCCUCGGGCACGCUGUUAUUUUUCUGCAUGUGGCAUCUGUUUACAGGACUGGCUGCCUUGCAUAUACUUAGUUGCUGGUUUGGCGUAAAACAUCAAUUACCAUCCCUCUUAACUCUUUCUAGGUGUGCUAUUGUGUGACCAGGGUUUCAUUUUUUCCUGUGUAGGAUUUUUAGGCUUUAAGAGGGUAAAAUUUCCUUCCCUCUGUUCUUUCGUACAGCCUAAAAUAAGCCACAAAAGUAUUUGAAAUGUAACCUCAGCAAGGAAAGAGACACAAAGAAACUCCAGCUCCUUGUCUGUCCCCAUUUUCAUUUUAUUCUAUUGUACUUUGUAUAACGAAUCUGUGUCCAGUUUCUGUGAUCAUCUAUGUCUAGUAUAAAUGCUGGACAUUUGGUAAUAUUCCUAUGUCGAAGGAUUUUACUUUCGAGGAAAUAAAAGAGCGAUUUUUUUGUGAGAAUAGUCGCGUUUGAUGGAAUAUAACUAUUUUUCAAGACUUAACACAAUGUGGCUUUUAUAUUAUUUGGUGUUUUACCAGUUUGUUUUCUUUUGUAUUUACACUACUCUUUGUCGGGUUUGGACUAGGUUGACUAUGGCCGGGUGGGGGAGGUAUUGUAAACUAAUUUUUUUUACAACAGGGAUGAUAUCUUUGAAACAUGACCUCUCCACUAUACUUUUUUUUUCUUUGUUUGUUUUUGGCAAAUCUCGGGUGUAUUGUUACUCAAAUUAUCACAUUUAGCAAAGUACAUAAUAUAUAUCCGUAACUUUCUUUUUAACAUUGAAUACACGUUCAAAAAAUAUGAGAAAAAUUGAAGAACUAGAUCGUCAGCGAAGCAGAGCUUGCAUUUUAAGUGAAAGAGAACGAAUAGAGAUGUAAUCCCUUUGCAGAGGAUCAGAUUACAUGAAGUAGAGAUGUAAUCACCUUGCAUAUGAAUUAGAUUACAUGUAGUAGAGAUGUAAUCACCUUACAGAUGAAUCAGAUUACAUGUAGUAGAGAUGUAAUCACCAUGCAGAUGAACCACAGCACGUCGUUGGUACUACUGCGCAAAGUUGAGGAAUAAGAUGUCAGUCGAGAUGUUCCAUGAUUUUCAUUCAUAUCCUGCAUGUUGCAAAUAAUCUUAUACCAAAAAAGUUACUAUUCUCUUGCAGUGUACUGCAAGGAUGAUGUAUAUUUUUGUAUGUAUAUACUAUUAUUUAUACAUAAAUAUUGAACAAAUGCCGUUGAACAUGGUCUACCUUCUGUUGCUCACAGUAUGUUAUCUGUAGAUUAUCGUCAAAUAUUUUAAUGGUGUCGAUGUAUUGAGAUGCUGUGCGAAGGUUUCUGCACACGUCCUGUGAACAUUACAUAAAUUUCCCGUCUAUUGAUGCCUGCACAUAACCGUAAAAUAAAUUCGUUAGGAGGGUGUUUGACUUGUGUUCUCUUGUGCAAAGCACUUCAGAUGACUACAUCAGUGAUUCAGACCUUUUUUACGGACAAGAGCUUGAGAUACAUCAAUAGAAAGAUAGUAAACAGAAAAAUUUUAAUGAUUGUUUACAUGAUAGCGAACGGUGCAGAAAGUCAGGACUGAACACUACUGGAUGAACACGUUUUGUCAAAGAAAGAGAGACACGGUGGAGGACCGAAGCCAUGGUUAGAGUGAAAUGGGCUUCAACGAAUUAGUGAUAAACUUUUCCCAAGAAUGCUGGAAUAUCAGGAUGAAGAACAAAGAAACUUGUAAUCAAAGACAUCCAUAUGUGCGAAAAGUUCAAAGGUCAAUUGACUGGUUCCCAGCAGAAGAAGCUUCCUGUGUCCUUCAAGGCGAUGUAAUCAAAUGGUGCCGAAAUAAUCAUGUGUCAGAUGAUUGACAAAUUUUACUGACAGUGUAAAAAAAAAUUAUUUAAAAAUCAUACUAACCAGUUGGAAGUUUACAAAACUUGAGAUUACAUCCAAAUGUCACUAAAUUUUCAGUAUUUUUAUACUCUUAAGGUCACAAAAUGUCCUAUAGGGUACACACGAGUGUACAAAGUCUUAUCCCUGUGUAUGUCUCCUCAAUGUUUUUGUGUUUAUUGUGUAUUUUCAUGUUAGAUGUCAAAUGUACGAUGUUUCGUGCAUCAAGCUUUGUUAGUCAUUGGCUUUCUUUUUAAAGAAUGAGAUUGUGAGAUUUCAUCACAAGUUUUAUUUUUUUGUUUUCAUGUCUUCUUGUUCUCCUUUUUUUGUGUUUGAUUAAGCUUUUGUUUGAUGAUGCUUAAGGUUGGCUGUUGUAGGCUACAUUAAGAACGACUUCACACAUAUGUCAUAAACAAAACUGUCUACGUGAAGACACUAAGACUGUAGAGUUACCAUUCCUGUGUCUUGUCAUAUGUUCAUUAUGAUCAUAGUCAUCCAUCUUAGAAAAUAAAGUGAAAGUCUGCACACCACUAUUGUCUGUAACUACAACUCUUCUAGACCACGUAGCCAAGACGUAAGAAAGCCGUACAAAUCACUUCAAAACUGACCUAAUGACAUAAGUCAAACUGACCAAAAGACUUCACAUCACAGUUCUGUCUGUUAUCGGUGACCAAAAGUGUCAAGGGGUGUAAAAUAAAUGACACUGGACUUAAAUAAAAACAUUUCAUCGGACAUCAGCUAUGUCAUAGGACAUCAAAACUGUGUUGGGACGAAAAAACAGCGCAAUUCUUACUGCAAACUUUUAUCUUUCAGGGAUGAAACUUUCCUUCAUCUAUCUUUUCUUUUAUACAUUUUGUCGCUCAUGUGUUUGUGUGCGCGCCCGCACGUGUUUGUAGAUGUGAGUCUAAAUUUUGUGAAAUGUUAAACCUUUGCCCCUGUGUUAUCAAACAGUUCUCGUCAGUAUCUGAUAUUUUUGCGAUGUCUUUGUAUUCCAUCUGCCUUUUCUUUGACUUUUUAAAAAAUAUUUGAAGUAGCACAAAGUCACCCAGUUUUUCAUAGAACUAAUCAAAGCGUUUGUUUCGUGAUUUUCAUCCAGAAAAUAAAAACCCUCUAAUGCUUUAUAAUAAAGUGUCAAGCGAAAAUACAAGAGUUAGGUUUAUAAACAGUUCAUCCGGUCAUGCAGCAGACGAUCUUUGUCACGUGACUGAAAACCCUUCGUGCCUUUUAACGUUUAAUUAUAAAAUUAAGGGCGACAACCCUUGUCGGAAAAUGUUGCAAACAGAUAAAAUUGUGCUUUUUUUCAUCUUGAGUCACAUGAUAUCACAUCAGAAAUAUUUCACACACGAGAAGACAAAAUCUAGGAGCCUUCACAGAAAACAUUAUGCCCAACUUCAUCCGAAAACUUAAACAUCUUAUCAUGUCCAGAGAAUCAUAUCUUAAGUCUGUGUACCUCAACUCUUACCAUCAACAUUUAGCAACUUUUCACCAUAAAGUCUGACUUUCAAUACUUUCUUUUUUUUUCAAACCAGUUAACUCUCAAGGUUCAAUAGUGAUUCUACAGCCAAUUUUUAUGUUUUACUCACGUCUAAUGUUAGUUUGUUGUUAAGAAGCAAAUAAUUACGGAUGUUUCCUCUUGGUAAAAAAAAAAGCUAUGAUAGAAUCCGAAUUUUCUUUUCAAUGCAUGUAGUUACAAGAAACUCAUUCAUCCUCAUCUUUUAUACUCAAACCUUAGGAAGACACAGCUUUGGCCUGGAACCUAGGUCUUGGUUUCUAGGCAUCCUUGGACCUUCAUCUCUCAUCUUAUGUGUAACACUGUGUAAUGUGUAGCUGCUACGUGGCCGAGUAGAACUCACUCACAUGGUGCUUGUUGUGAGAAGUGGUGCUGUUCACACUUUUUACAAGAAUCGUGUCAUUUUUGUUUCUCAUAAUGUAUAUACAAAGUGUAUAAGAAUGUUGUUUCAAUAAGUCUGAAUUGUGCUUGAGCAUAUUAAAAACAAGAACACAGAAA